AUGAACUUCUUCAAAGCAUUCUUAUGUUUUCUACUUAUGGCCGCCAUAAUAGGCACAGUCCUCACACAAGAUCUUUCUUGCGCUGGAAAUGUGGGACUGAAUAGUUUUCCAGAUCCAAUAACUUGCAACGCAUACUUUCUAUGCUUUGAUGAAACGGCGAUCCCGAUGACCUGUAACGAGAAUCUAAUAUUCGACAUUUUCUUGCUGAAAUGCAAUUUUCCUGAAUUAUCCGUUUGUCUGCCAAACCUACUCUCAACUACAACUGCGGAGGUGACAUCGGAAGUGAUAGAAGUGACCACACUAUCGCCUACAACAACCAGCACAACCACAAUCGUGCCAACAACGACGAUUAUCCCAACGGCAUCAUCUACAGCUACCACAAGUGCAAUCAUCACAACUCAGUCAACAGAGAUUCCGAGACCUAAUGAAGAGCCCACCUGUCCCGAUCGAGGACUGCAUUUUUAUCCGCACAUGAGUGACUGCCACCGAUACUAUAAAUGUUUCUACGGAAGACUCUACGUGAUGUCUUGCCUGUUCUCGCUGGUCUGGAAUCAAAAUAUUUUGUUCUGUGACUUCAGAUGGAAUGUUGCUUGCAGUGGUGCUUAG